AUGGAGGUCACACACAAAGUCGAAUACAAGAUCCGUGACCUGGCUACUCGUGCCGUCACUCUCUUCCCCAACCAGGCCCAGGUCCAACGAGACAUCAAGGAUAUCCCUCUGCGACCAGGUGUCAAUGAGAUCUCUGUCGUUGGCCUCAGCCCAACCGUGAUCAAAGACUCGAUCAAAGUCGAGGGCAACGGCGCCGCUACCAUCGUCGGUAUCACUGUCGAGUCCCUGCCCAACCGGGAGCUGUUCAACGAAGUCUACCCAGACUCUGACUCUGACAAGUCCGACGAUGACGAUGAUCAUUCGGAUGAUGAUGAAGAACCUGAGCAACCCGGGCUAUUGGAAGUCACAGCAAAGCUUGUUGAGCUUUGCGACAACCUGAAACGGGCCCAGGAUUUCAUCCAAAAUGCCGACGAACGCGUCAAGAUCCUCGAUUCCUACUGCCAGUCUCUCGACAAGAGGGAAGGUAUAGUCAUCCAGGACAUUCUUGGCACGUACAAGCAAGAGCGUGAGAAGGCACACGCAGACCGCAUGACCGGCUCUAUCCAAGAGCGCGAGAUCAAUUCGGCCAUCAAUAAGGUGUCAAGGGAGCAUGCCAGGCUGCAGAAACUUGACGAAAAGCUCAAGAACAAAGCCUGGAAAGUAAAGGUGAAGGUCCAGAAGAUUAAACAAAAGAAGCAGCAGAAGCGCAUGGCGCAUCAGCAGGAUCGACUCAAGGAAAAGGCGCGAGUCCGCGAGGAGCGACGACGCGUCUGGCCCAAGGACUGCUGGACUGUCAAUAUCCAACUCGAGGUGAAUGCCUCCUUCACUCCCAUGUCCUCGCGUCGUGGCUCCAUUUCAAGUGAAGCCGACUUUGGUCGGAGAUCACCCAGCGGGACCAUGGAGAUUGAUGAGCCGGCAUCAUGCGACUUGGUGUUGUCCUAUGUCACGAUCUCGGCAUAUUGGACACCAAGCUAUGACCUCCAACUCUCCACGACCAAUUGUACGGGCUCUCUAUGCUUUGAUGCCUCUCUUAACAACACCACGUCGGAGACUUGGGAGAACUGCAAGAUCACUCUCUCCACCUCUCAAGCAGCCUUCUGCGGUUCCGACGAGUUGGUGCCCAUCCUCCAGCCUUGGCGCAUCAAGAUGGCGGCGCCGAUGGGCAUUGGUCCCAACGAUGGCGACAUCACCAACAGCAAACAUGAGGUGCGAGAACGAGCGAAAUUCCACAACAGAAGUCGAAACAACUUCCAGGUACCCGGUGCAAGGGCCACCAUGUUUAGUGGCGAUUCACCGCGCCAGCUUCAGGACUACCAGAUGCAGAUUAUGAUGUUGGAGCAGACGAACAAGAAGAGGUUCAUGAUGGCGAGACAGGAACCGCAAAAUCCCCAACUGGGUAUGCAGCAGCAAGCCCAACAGCAAGCCCAGCAGCGGCAGGCCCAGCAGCAGCAGAUGCAACAGCAGCAGAUGCAACAGCAACAGAUGCAACAACAGCAGAUGCAACAACAGCAGAUGCAACAGCCGCAGCAGAUGAUGCAACAACGAGCGGUGCGCCAACAGGCUCAACAGCAACAGCAACAGGGCUUGUCGCCUCAAGGUCAAUUUAACGGUACACCGUCGCAUGGCCAGAUGCUACCUCCCCAGCAUCUUCUGCCCGGGGAUGGUUCUUUGGAUGCCAUCGAUAUGGGUAUGGAUUUCCAGUCAGGCCCGGAUUUCCAGUCGGCCCUGGAUUUCCACGAAUCUCUCAUUGAGGAAACAGGUCUGACUACGACCUACGACCUCCAUGGGCUCAAGACCCUGAUUCCCAAGUUCACGCCCACAAAGCAGCGCGUUGCCCGCGUCAAGUUUACCAACGUCUUCUUCGGGCACACCAUCGUGGCCAAAUACCACGCCAUGGCAUACCUGAAGGCUAGGGUCAAGAACAACAGCAAGUGGGCCCUGUUGAAGGGUCCCGGAAGCUUGACAUUGGAUGGCAGUUUCAUGGGAAAUGUCACAAUUCCCCGCUGCAGCUCUGGGGAUACCUUUAGCCUUAGCUUGGGUACCGACCCAGCGAUCAAGGUUCUGUACCCGAAGGCCGAAGUUCAGAGGUCCACAACCGGCAUGUUCCACAAGGAGAAUAGCUCCGUGUAUAAGCGCAGCGUUACGCUACGCAACACUCGAGCAUCGGGUAAGGCUGUCAACCUGCUCAUCUUGGACCAGGUUCCAGUGUCCGAGGACGACCGUGUUCGGGUCGACCUCGUCUCUCCAAAGGGUCUGACGACCGAUGGGCCGCGCGUGCCCUCCGGCGCUCCUGGGAGCGAAACGGUGGCGGGCAAGGACUGGGGAAAGGGUACCGUUCGCCUCAAGAACAGCGGUCAUCUCUGCUGGGAGGUCACCCUGAACCCAGGCAAGUCUGCCAAGCUCGACUUGGAGUACACUGUUUCGCUGCCGUCUGGAGAAGCUGCAGAGGAUUGCACGAAGGCGGCUUGA